AUGAUAUUUCCUUCAUUUCAUCUCGUUAUUAAACAAUGCCAUAAUCAAUGGCGUUCAUUAUUAUUUCGUAGAAUUAGUAUUAUUAAUCAACGACAAUUAUCAACGAAUAAUGAUUAUAAAAAAGAUUCUAAACAACAAGGAAAUAAUAUUCUUGUUCAAUCUCAAAAUAAUCAAAUUGAUGUCACUGCAUUUACUCAUAAAGCUCAACAAGCAGUUAAAGAUUGUGUUUAUUCACUUGUUAUUGUAGCAGGAGUUGUUGCAUUAGGUGGAGUAUGUUAUUUAAUUUUACAUGAACUCUAUUCAAGAGAAACACCUAAUGGAAUUUAUAAAGAAGCAUCAAAAUUAUGUUUAGCGAAUAUUAAUGUACAAGAAGCUUUAGGUACACCAAUUCUGGUUCAUACAACACCUCAAAUUGGUUCAUUGAGGAUUAAUAAUGUUCGUGCUAAAAUGUUUGACGAAAAAGGUCGUCGAAGUAUGACAGUUUCUUUUUAUUUAACUGGUAAAGAACGAUCUGGUGUUGUUGCUAUAAAAGUUCAAAAGAAUAUUUCGAAUAAAUUUGUUUAUGAUUAUAUUCUUGUUCAACUUGAUCGACCAUGGCAUAAUCAAAAUAUCCUACACGUUCAUCAAAAUCUCAAUUAA